AUGGCUGAGAAUAUCAAUGAUCUUGAGAUUGACGAAGGCCUGUACUCCAGACAACUUUACGUGUUGGGCCAUGACGCUAUGAAGCGCAUGCAGAACUCCAAUGUCCUUAUCUCUGGUAUGAGAGGUCUUGGAGUGGAGAUUGCCAAGAACGUGAUCUUGGCAGGAGUAAGAAGUGUCACUGUACACGACCAAGGAGUUGCAGAAUGGAGAGACCUCUCCUCUCAGUUCUACCUCCGGGAGGAAGAUCUGGGGAAGAACAGGGCCGAGGUGAGCCAACACCGUUUGGCUGAACUCAAUAGCUACGUUCCUGUGACCGCCUACACUGGAGAACUCACUGAAGACUCUAUGACCAAGUUCCAGGUGGUAGUACUGACCAACUCAAAUCUGGAAGAGCAGCAGCAAGUGGGGGACUUGUGCCACAGCAAAGGAAUCAAGCUGAUCAUCGCAGACACACGCGGCCUGUUUGGCCAGCUUUUCUGUGACUUUGGUGACGAGAUGGUUGUCUAUGACACCAAUGGAGAGAAACCGCUAAGUGCCAUGAUUUCCUUGAUCACCAAGGACAAUCAAGCAGUUGUGACAUGUGACACUCGUCAUGGCUUUGAUAGCGGCGACUCUGUCACCUUCACAGAUGUUCAGGGUAUGACUGAGCUCAACGGAUGCCAGCGAGUGGAAAUCAAAGUUCUGGGUCCCUACACCUUCAGUAUCUGUGACACAACUGGUUUUACGGAUUACGUGAGAGGAGGAAUUGUCUCUCAGGUCAAAAUGCCCAAGAAGAUUGCUUUUAAAUCCAUCUCUUCCUCCUUGGCUGAGCCAGAGUUUGUAAUGACAGACUUUGCCAAGUUCUACCGUCCAGGGCAGCUUCAUGUGGGCUUCCAGGCGAUCCAUGCCUUCCAGAAGAAACACAACCACCUUCCAGUACCUUGGAACCAGGCUGAUGGUGAAGAGUUAUUGACAUUAACCAGGGAGGUGAACUCUGCCCAGGUCGGCUCCGCCAAAGUGGAGCAGUUGGAUGACGCUCUUAUCAAAAAGUUGUCAUAUGUUUCUGCUGGUGACCUGGCCCCUGUUAAUGGAUUUAUUGGAGGUCUGGCAGCGCAGGAAGUGAUCAAGGCAUGCACAGGAAAAUUUAUGCCAAUAAUGCAGUGGCUGUAUUUUGAUGCCCUGGAGUGUUUGGCCGAAGAGGAAGGAGUCACACUCACCGAGGAAGAAUGUGCCCCUAGGAACUGUCGCUAUGAUGGGCAGAUUGCAGUUUUUGGCACCAAGCUGCAGGAUUUGCUUGCCAAACAACGCUACUUCCUGGUUGGAGCUGGGGCCAUUGGCUGUGAACUGAUGAAAAACUUUGCGAUGAUUGGACUGGCCUGCGGAGAGGGCGAGGUCAUUGUGACGGACAUGGACACCAUAGAGAAGUCCAACCUCAACAGACAGUUCCUCUUCAGACCCUCAGACGUGACGAAAAUGAAGAGCGAUACUGGAGCAGCGGCAGUGAAGCAGAUGAACCCGUCCAUCAGGAUCACAGGUCACCAGAACAGAGUGGGCCCCGACACGGAGAGGAUCUUUGACGACGCCUUCUUUGAAAGCCUCGAUGGAGUGACCAACGCACUGGACAAUGUAGAUGCACGCUUGUACAUGGAUCGGAGGUGUGUGUACUACCGUAAACCCUUACUGGAGUCUGGUACUCUUGGCAACAAAGGCAACGUCCAGGUUGUGAUCCCCUUCCUCACAGAGUCAUACAGCUCCAGCCAAGACCCACCGGAGAAAUCCAUCCCCAUCUGUACCCUGAAGAACUUCCCAAAUGCUAUUGAACACACACUGCAGUGGGCCCGUGAGGAAUUUGAGGGAUUAUUCAAACUGCCACCAGAGAAUGCCCUGCAGUACCUCUCAGAUCCUCAGUUCAUGGAGCGUACUCUGAAGCUGCCUGGAGCUCAGCCUGAAGAGGUGCUGGAGGCUGUCUACAAGAGUCUCGUCGCAGACUGCCCCCACAGCUGGGCCGACUGCGUAGCCUGGGCACGCAACCACUGGCAGUGCCAAUACAGCAACAACAUCCGUCAGCUACUGCACAACCUCCCCCUAGAUCAGCCCACCAGAUCUGGUGCCCCCUUCUGGUCAGGCCCAAAGAGGUGUCCUCACCACCUAGACUUCAGCACUAGCAAUGAGCUGCACAUGGAUUAUGUUGUGGCUGGGGCAAACCUGUUUGCUCAGACAUAUGGCCUCCCAGGCAGCACUGAUCGUGCAGGUGUGGUCAAGAUCUUGCAGGAGGUCAAGGUGUCGACCUUUACCCCUCGUUUAGGAGUUAAAAUCCAUGUCUCUGAUCAGGACCUGCAGAAUAGUAAUUCCUCUGUUGAUGUCUCAAGACUGGAGCAGCUAAAGGUCAGGCUGCCUUCCCCCGAGACUUCACAGUUCAAACUCUGUGCCAUCGACUUUGAGAAGGAUGAUGACACAAACUUCCACAUGGACUUCAUUGUGGCAGCAUCCAACCUGAGAGCAGAGAACUACGACAUUCCCCCGACAGACAGACACAAGAGCAAACUGAUAGCUGGCAAGAUCAUUCCUGCCAUGGCCACUACCACGGCUGCAGUGGUGGGCCUGGUGUGUCUGGAGCUCAUCAAGAUUGUCCAAGGUCACAAGAAGCUAGAAUCGUUCAAGAAUGGCUUCAUGAACUUGGCCCUGCCUUUCUUUGCCUUUUCUGAACCCAUUGCUGCUCCUAAACACAAGUACUUUGAAAUUGAUUGGACGUUGUGGGAUCGCUUUGAGGUCACAGGUGUGCAGCCCAACGGGGAGGAGAUGACACUUCGACAGUUCUUGUUCUACUUUAAAACAAAGUACAAUUUGGAUGUCACCAUGCUUUCUCAGGGAGUGUCCAUGCUCUAUUCCUCCUUCCUGUCUCCUGAAAAACUCAGAGAGAGACUGGACCUGCCGAUGACGGAGAUCGUGACUAAGGUGUCCAAAAAGAAGCUGGGACAGCAUGUGAAAGCCGUGGUGUUAGAGCUAUGCUGUGACGACAUGUAUGAUGAAAACGUGGAAGUGCCCUAUGUCCGAUACACCAUCCGCUGAGCUCCACACUAUACAAGAUG